AUGUCACCUGCUGGGUUUGCUAUUCUCAUCGGUGCUGGCCCUACAUCAGGCGCCGGCAUAGCCCGCAUCCUCGCCAGUCCAGCACAUGGCAACCUCGCCGUCGCCCUGCUGGCCCGUAACAAGGACAACCUGGAAACCCUGACAACAUCCCUCCGCCAGACCUCCAACGGCGGCGUCUUGCAUCCGUUUCCCUGCGACACCAAGCCGUCCAACCUGCAGCGGGUCUUCGCCGAGAUCAGCAAGCACCCGGACUUCAAGGACCUGAAGCUCAAGCUGGCCAUCUUCCACGUCAAGCACUCGCUCAAGAAGCCGUACCUGGAGACCUCGCCCGAGGAGUUCGAGCGCAACGUGGCCGAGUACACCACGGGCGCCUUCGCAUUUGGCCAGGAGGCGCUGAAGCUCUUCUACGCGCAGAACGGCGGCGAGACGCCCCUCUCCCCCUCGGCCCCCGAGAAGAAGGGCACCAUCAUCUUCACCGGCACCCUGGGCGCCAUGCGGACCAACGCCGGGUUCAACGCCUACGGCGCGGGCCGCAGCGCCGUACGCAUGAUCGCCCAGGGCCUGGGCAAGGAGCACUCCGGGAACGGCGUGCACGUCGUGCACACCAUUGCCAAUGGCGGGAUCAAGGACGACACGCCGGAGCAGAACGAGAGCAUCCGCGAGGGCAAGACCAUGAGUGCUGAGAGCGUGGGCAAGACGUACCUGUGGCUGAGCCAGAUGCCGCCCGACCUCUGGGUGGAUGAGCUGGACUUGAGGCCGGCGCAGGAGAAGUGGUGA